AUGAAAAAUAACAAUAAUAAUAAUAAGAAAUUCUUUAAAAUUGAUGGUAAGAAAAUUCCACUUGAGGAAUUUAAAGUUGAACAACUUGAGAGGCUUAUCUUUUAUAAAGGAAUGUUUGAAGAUUCUAAUAUAAUAAAUCUUUGGCAAGUUAAUAUUGAUAAAAAUAGAUAUAAACCUAUGAAAGAAAAAAAUAUCAGCAUUAUUGCUGUUAUUGCAAUUACUUCUACUGCAGAUUCCUUUCAGAAAGACAUUACUAGAGCUAAAGCUCCGAAUGGGUCGGUUUGGUCCAGAUUAUAG